UCCUCCAAAGUCCAUAUUAUGAUCUCAUCACUACAACUUCAGCAUCAAAAGCCCUUCUCUGAUUAAAUUCCAUCCCAUCUCCAAAAACGCCGCAAAGGUCACGAGAUGUGAGGCACUCGCAGCCGAAAAGCAUCAUCACAAGGGGGGCUCGAGCUAGGCUUCCCAGCAGAGUAAGCCGACUCAUCGAGCACGAAGCUCUCUAUCCGCACCACCCACCACCACCUCCAGACCACAUCAAAGAUACGCAUCGAACCGAACGUGGACUGUCGCUUCGAACGCGCACACUGAAACCGAACUCCGACAACGCACCACACGAUCGUGGCAGUCCCAACCGCCGCCGACUUUAGUUCUACGCUAAACUUCGAACGGAAACGGUCGUGGUCCGCGCUCGUGCUGUGUCAGCGCACUUCAAACCCCGAACGCUCGCGUACCAGUGAACCUCGAAUGUCCCUAUAGCCGAGGGCAAAUAAUUCUGUGCGGUGCGUUUGGUUUUUUUUCAGUUUCUAGAGCAAACCCCUCUAGCUUGUGAGUGUUUCUGUGCGUGGUGGUUGCUUGAGGUGCAUUCGUGAACGUCCAUGACGUUCCGGACAUCGAACGAACGGUGACCGCAUUGGUCCACGUUGGCGUAGCGUGCGUUAACAGUGUCACGGAUUUAGUGAACUCAAUUGGAUAAUCCUACUGCCGCUGGGCCAGGCUGCUGCUGCUAUCUUCUUAUCACAACCGACCACAAUGCUGAUACCGGCACAGCUUGCCCUCUGGGCCCUAGCGUUGAUUGGCGUCUGGGCGUUGGCGUGGUGGAUGUACGACAAUCUCAAAUCGUUGGCACAAAUCGGCAUUGCCCUGCUGGCGCCCUACUUCGCCCCGACCGAACACAAAACUCUCACCGAACGGUUCGGCAAAUGGGCCGUAAUUACCGGCUCGACGGAUGGCAUCGGUAAGCAGUACGCUUUCCAGCUGGCUAGCCGUGGCCUCAACGUGGUGCUUGUCUCACGCUCCACCGACAAGCUAGUCGCGGUGGCGCACGAAAUCGAGUCCAAGUACUCGGUGAAGACCAAAUGGAUAGCGGUCGAUUUUAGCAGCGGCCGGGAGAUUUACGAUCACCUGCGAAAGGAGCUCGAUUCCGUCCCCGUUGGCAUUCUAGUAAACAACGUUGGCGCGAAUGUGGACUACCCGGACGAUCUUGAUCACAUUCCCGAGGACAAGCUGUGGCAGCUGAUCAACAUCAACGUCGGUGCGGUAACGAUGCUUACGCGCACCGUCUUGCCGGGCAUGAAAAAACGCGGCCAGGGUGCGAUCGUUAACAUCUCGUCCGGUAGCGAGCUUCAACCACUACCCUACAUGACGGUUUAUGCGGCAACGAAGGCUUACAUCCACAACUUCACCCUCGCAAUGCAGCACGAGCUGGAACCGUUCGGUAUCACCUGCCAGCUGGUGAGCCCCAUGUUUGUAACGACCAAGAUGAACAACUUCUCUACGACAAUUAUGGAGGGUGGACUGUUCAUACCAAACGCAGAAAUGUAUGCCAAGUUUGCCACAUUUACGCUCGGUAAAACGAAGCAAACUACUGGCUACUGGUCGCACGGUAUCCAGUACGGCGUGAUGAAGCUAGUCCCGGAGUGGGUCCGCACCGUGAUCGGCGGCGUGAUGAACAAGCAGUUUCGCAAGGAGUACUACGACCAGCAGAAACCCAACGCCGUACCCGCGCAGGCCAGCUAGGGAGAGCUGGAAGGCUUGUGGCGUUCUUCGAGCCAUGGUGCGCCCUGUUGGACCUGCAGUGUGUACGUGUUGAUGCAUUUUUAGAUUGUUGUGUCCUUAUGCUAAGCUAUUGGAAGGAAGUUGUUGUGUUUGUUAGAAUAUGCUUAAGUGAGUAUUAUAAGGCUUCUCCAUCCCCGACCCCCUCCCAAAACAGACUGAGGUAUCUGGAGGUACUGUUGUAUUGUUGGUGUUGAUUUCCAGGAUCAAAAAAAAAGGAGAAGAAAUCACAUUAA